AACCUCUCGCCCUGCGCGUAAGCCGAAACCUCAUUGAUCGUCGGACUCGUUUGCAGAGACUCUCACCGCCAUCGCCAAAAUGCCAUUGAGGCGCUCCAGGAAGAUGCUCCACGAGACCGACUGCCUCAACUGUUGGCUGCAGGAAAAACCAUGUUCUGUUGGGACUCUGAUUGGGAAUUGCAUUCCCUGUGGGAACUCUGAGCCGGUCAAACCGCUUGUCCCAUUUGAUGGGUUCUUCACCAAAGACAUGAGUGAACACCUAAUAUCGCUUGGAACCAAGCAUGAUUUGGACCUUAGUUCAGAAGGAGAUGUCCUUUCGUUCGCAACGAUCGAACCAAAUGGUUGGGCAAAUUCUCUCCAGCUCCAACUUCGUGGGGAUUUUUCACUGUCCAAUGAUGAUCUGAGGACCCAGCUGGAUCAGAUUGUCUUGUCAUACUACGUUCCACGAAUUUCCUACAGGAUUCCAAGGGCCAACUUGCCACGAAGCGCCCUUUACGCCAGAGGAUAUUUGUCCAUCCUCCUACCAAGAAACCUUGCCCAAGAGACAAUGACAUUCUCUGACUCGUUCCGCCUAUCCAACGUUAUUCUUGGACGAUUGGACAAGAGUAUCGAGGAGGUCACGAAUGCCGCCGAUGCGGACAAGAGUCAGGAUGACGAGGCAUCCAAAUAUGAAGUGUCUGCUGCUGUUACCAUCCUGUAUACUGGCUUGGCAGACGCAUAUAAAAGGCUGCAGAAUGGCGAUGGAAUACCCCUCUGCGGUGGUGAAAAAAUGGCCAGUCUAUUGACUGAGAGAAUGAAGUCUACUUUGAAUUACCUCACCUUCAUUCUAUAUCGCCGAGGUAUCAAUUGUAAUCGAAAAUGGGCCUCGAAUCUCGAUGGCUCGCUGGAAAAUCUUCGAUCCAAUGUCGAGAUCUCAACACUGAGUAUAACAACGGUCAAACAGACCCGCUUGACCUAUGCUAGUACCCUCUCAGCGACUAUUUCGUCCUCGGUGGCACUCCCUCCACCGAGUACAGAUGAACCUACCUUCAAAGGCAUUCAUGCAAGCACUGCACAUUUGUCUCCCGGUAAUAGCUGGAAUUUCGAUGAUAUAGCAUCUUCACCCGCUCCUCAUAUAGAAGGAUCUACUUCACCCGAGGUUGACUCCCAGCCUUCAACUACUUUCGAUCUCAGUCCACCUCCACCACUCAAUCGUGCGAAGUCUGCUCCUCACUUCCUUCUAUCAUCUUCACUUCCACUCGGAGAUGCAUCUCUUGAUCUCCAGAGGAUGAGCAAGGAAAUCACGGCUCAAGCUUCAGUCGACCACCGCUAUUUUAACCCCUGUAACAGCUGGCUUAUGCAAUCGAUGACACGCGAUGUCAAUCCUGAGCCAGUUUACUCUUAUAACGACAAUUUGCUGCCGCCUGCGAGGCCUCAGCAACGAAACUUUCUUCCUGAAAUGCCAUCCUACGUUUCCGCAGCGAGCGCGUUCUAUGCACUCGCGGGAACGCCUGGGGAAGUGGCAUCUCAAAUAUCAGUACCGUCCGGUCCCAACUCAAGGACCAAUUGGUCUGAGCAUCCGCAUACGUGGCGUCAGUCCUGAGCCAUUCUUCUACCUACACAUCAGCUCCGCUCUUUAACCCGGACCAAAUUACUAUGUUACAAUUACUUUGUUUAAUUUUCGGGAUUUCAUUCCUUUUCCGAUGAAAAGAUGAUUUGCGAUGAUAACGACAGAUACUUGCAAACAGACUAUGGCUAGAUUGGAUCAUUGCCGACUUUCCUUCUAAUUUAUUCACUUCGAAAUGUUUUUUUUCUUCUUCUUUUUUGGUCUUUGUAGUCUGACUUUUAGAACGAAAAUUACAUCAUCGCACAAAUUAAUUAGAGAUUUCAGUAUCUCACUAAUUGCU